AUGAAAUCCCGUUCUUCAGUUUCUAUAUAUAGAUAUGCUUUGCUAUCGGGUUGCCGUUCGGUGGAGCUUGAUUGUUGGGACGGACCUAAUGGGGAUCCGAUGAUAACACAUGGACCUACUCAUAUAUGUUUUUGUACAACAAUACUUUUUAAGGAUGUAAUCAAAGCAAUAGCUGAGACAGCAUUCGUUACUUCUGAUCUCCCAGUAAUCCUAUCAUUUGAAAAUCACUGCAGCCAAAAGCAACAAGUUGUGAUGGCACAAUAUUGCAGGGAAAUACUUGGAGAUUUAUUAUUGACUGAAAGCAUUGAAAAUUACCCUAUUGGAAAGCCAGGCGUUAGUUUGCCCAGUCCAAAUUUGUUGCGAAGAAAAAUUUUGAUUAAAAAUAAAAUUGAAGAGAAAAGAAAUGGAGGAGGGGCUGCUGUUUCUGAUACUCCACAGAAGGAACAAUUGAAUACUUUAACAACUAUUAAUUCUAUGGAUAAAAUAUCAGAAUUAAAAAAUAUUAAUUUAAAAGAGAAUAUAGGGUCGAUGGAUUCGGUUACUGACAGGCCUGAAUUGGAAGAGGAGAGGACUGUUACAAGGAUCUUCAUCGGAGAGUUGGGGUCGUGUGAUGAUGAUCAACCUGCCGGGAGCAACAUAACAAGACAAACGACAACAAGCGUUGAAAGCUUCGACAACAAAGUUUUAUCAUCAACAAUUACACCAACAACAUCUACUUCAACAAAUACAACAACAAACACAAAUAUUACUGAAGCAACAACAACUUCAACAGUAACAGAAUUGAGUGAAUUAGUUACUUAUAUGCGUGCUAUGGGAAAAAUAACAAGCUUUGAACGUUGUAAUGAACGUCAAAUUAGCACAGAACUUUAUUCGUUAAAUGAAACGAAAGCCAUUGAGUUGCUUAAACAGGUUGGAAAAUACAACAUGUAUAGAAAAAUACAACCUGAUUCCGGAAAAAAGUUUUAG